GCUUAACCUCUAACCACUUGAUUGGAUACAAAGGCUUUCUGUUUUGGUUGCAUGCCAGGAGUCUCGAAGGGGAGGGAAGCCGUCUGGCUUCCGGUUUUUGGCUGAAAUUGACACACAAUGAGGAGUCGGGAACAACCUCACAAAUCGCUGCUGUAAAUAAACAGAACAACACAAGGCCCAAGAAUAAUGGAGAACCAGUGCACGGUCCAAGUAAAGCUUGAGCUGGGCCACAGAGCACAACUGCGGAAGAAGGUGACGACGGAGGGCUUCACCCAUGACUGGAUGGUGUUUGUGCGCGGGCCCGAGACUGGAGACAUCCAGCACUUUGUGGAGAAGGUCGUCUUCCGGCUGCACGAAAGCUUUCCCAAGCCCAAGCGAGUGUGUAAAGAGCCGCCUUACAAAGUGGAGGAGUCGGGUUAUGCAGGCUUCCUCAUGCCCAUUGAAGUUUACUUCAAGAACAAGGAAGAGCCAAAGAAGGUGUGCUUCAACUAUGACCUCUUCCUGAACCUGGAGGGCAACCCGCCUGUCAAUCACCUGCGCUGUGAGAAGCUGACCUUUAAUAACCCCACCAGUGAAUUUCGCCGCAAGCUCAUCAAGGCUGGAGGGAUGCAGGUGGUCCCUGAGGGAGCCGAGGCCGUGUCCAGACCCAGCCCAGACUACCCCAUGCUUCCCACCAUACCUCUCUCCGCCUUCUCCGACCCCAAGAUUAAGACCAAGAGCUCCCAUGGGUCAAAGGACCCCAGUAAAGAGGGCGGCGGUGGUAGCAAAGGGCCCAAGCCCCACAAGCUGACCAAGGAGCAUCGGGAGCGGCAGCGGAAAGACUCGGAGAGCAAGGCUGUGUCCAAGAGCGAAGGUGACCGUGAUGGCGUGAUGAGCAGCAGCAGCAGCAAGAGUUCUCGGGAGCCUCCUUCCUCCUCUUCAUCUUCGUCGUCCAAGAAGCCCUCCGAGCUGAAGACCAAGGACGAGAAGGUGGUGCCCAAGGCAGCCUUCAAGGAGCCCAAGCUCACCCUGAAGGAGGCCAAGCUGGAGGGCAUGUCGCCCAAAGGAGGGGGCGCGGGCGCGGGGGGAGGCGGGGGAGGAGGUGGGCUCCCCCCCGACGCCAAAGCGCCCAGCAAGCGUCCGUCGGCCGUGGAGUCCCCCAAACCCAGCGUCAAGAAGCAGAAGAAGGGCGGGUCGGACGGGCCGAAGAGCUCCGGGGGCGGGGCCUUCACGGGCACCUCCCCCCGGGUGUCCUCCUCCUCCAUAGCCCCGCCCCCCUACACGGAGAAGAAGCCGCCUAAGGAGAAGGGCCGCUGGGCCAAGAGCAAGUCCGACGCCCCCGAGGUCAAGGAGCCCAAGAAACUCCCAGAAUCGGACGACUCAAACUCGGAGGAUGAGGCGUCAUCCAAGUCUGAGCAGUCGGCUCCCUCCAGUCCCUCCAACUCCAGCUCCAGCUCCGACUCCAGCUCUGACUCAGACUUUGAGCCCGUGCAGAAACAAGGGCAGGGUGAGCCACAAGGUCCUCUGCGCUCAAUGGUUGAGGAUCUGCAGUCAGAGGAGUCCGACGACGACGACAGCAGUUCAGAGGAGGAGACACCUGUCAAAAACAACCCAGCCAACCGGGACUCCAGACUGAGCAUGGACAGCGAGAGUGACAGCAGCGACGGGCCGCACCGGCCUAACCGGGAACCGCCUCCUCAGCCCCAGAAACACAGCUCCUCCAUUAACAAGGUGUCGGGGAGGAAGAGUCCUGACCCCUGCUGUCGUCCUGAGAAGGUCCUCAAAAAGGGAUAUGACAAGGCCUACACUGAAGAACUGGUGGACCUGCACCGCCGCCUCAUGGACCUGAGGGAACGCAACGUCCUGCAGCAGAUCGUCAAUCUCAUCGAGGAGACGGGCCACUUCAACGUCACCAACACAACCUUUGACUUUGACCUUUUCUCAUUGGACGAAUCCACUGUCCGUAAACUACAGCGCUACCUUGAGGCCACGCCCACGUGACGGACAGCCUAUCAGGGGGCAGGCUUCUCCCUCCCUCAGUCCCAGGUGCCAGGAGAGGCAUGAUGGGGGAGGGGGAGGGGGGGGAGGAGCGGGAGAGAAGGAGAGAAGGAAAGAAGGAGGGAGCCAAAAGAACAAAUAAAACUCAAACUGUUGUGAGGAGUGGAGAGAGGAAGGAGGUUGAUGUGUGACUGAAGGAGAGCAGCAUCAGAGGGACCUCUUCCACCUCCUCCAGCCCAGCAGGAGUCAUCCCAACCAUUCUUCCCAACAGACCUCCACUGCGCUGGGCUGCGCUGGGCUGGGCUGGGGGGUCAGGGGCAGGGGGUCAGGUUGGGGGGGCCAGGUCUAUCUCUUCAGUGGAAGCCGGUGUGCACAACUGGCUUGGCAGGAACACCUCACAGUACAACCUUACACACACACACACACACAGGUGUACUUCUCC